AUGGACAACGGGGCUGUCUCAGAGGCAUUAUCGGCGACCAGCGGAAUGAAGCAAAGAUGCGUGCUGGCGCCUACCCUCUUCAGUCUUAUGUUCUCUGCCAUGCUGAUGGACGCCUACCGCGACGAAAGUCGGGGAAUCCGCAUCGCCUACAGGACGGGCAGCCACCUCCUCAACCAACGCCGAAUGAACUUCCAAUCACGCGUAUCAUCAACCACCGUUCACGAACUCCUCUUCGCCGACGACUUCGCCCUGAACACCACCCCGGAAGAGGACAUGCAACGGAGCAUGGACCUGUUCUCCGCCGCCUGCAAGAACUUCGGCCUGGUCAUUAACACGGAUAAAAAGGUGGCCCUGUAUCAACCGCCACCAAACGCAGCUACUCUUCACAAUGCACCUCGGAUCAGCGUGAACGGAACCCACCUGCAAGGGGUGGGCAACUUACCGUACCCGGGCAGUAACCUCUCCCGCGGCACCAAAAUUGAUGACGAAGUCACCCGCAGGAUUUCGAAGGCCAGUCAGACCUUCGGUUGCCUUCAACGUACAGUUUGGAAUCGUCAUGGUAUCCAAAUUAGUACGAAGCUGAAGAUGCACAAUUUCGACAUCCUCCCGACGCUGCUGUACGGAGCGAAGACUUGGACGGUGUACAUGAAGCAGGCACGCCGACUGAACCAUUUCCACCUCAGUUUUCUUCGUCACAUCCCGAGGCUGAGGUGGCAGGACCGAAUCCCCGACACAGAUGUACUGGAACAGACGGGAAUUAUCAAAAUCUACACUAUGUUGGGACAACUACAACUGCGUUGGGGCGGCCAUCUAGUGCUGAUGGAAGACGAGCGGCUACCAAAUCGACUCAGGUUCUCACCGGCAAGGAGGCCAAAUCCGCCGCUACAAGGAUACUCUGAAAUCCUCUUUGAAACAACUGCAAACCAGUCCGACCAACUAGGAAGACCCCUCCCGAGACCGACCGACCUGUAG